AUGGCGCGCACGAUCCGGCGGCCCGCCCUGCUCCCCACCGCCGUUGCGCUCUGCGCUUUGGCGGCAUGCGGGAGGCUGGCCCUGUCCUUCAUCCCGGCCUCGCCCAUGAGAUCCGCCCAGACCGUCCGCCGGUCCUCGGUGGCGCGGGCAGCAUCUAUGAGAGAUAGCGAGGGCAACAAGGUCCGGGAGCCCAAGACCUUCGAUGCCUCGGACGCCUCCAGCAUCUCCAACUCCCUCACCGUGGAGUACAAGAAGCGACCCUUCGGGGUCUUGUCCUAUGCGCCCAGCACCAGCGGCAAGGGCGCCAUGAUCUGGAAGAUGCUCGAGGAGUCCAGGUACCCCGGUGAUCCGCAGGGCCAGGCCUUCGUCGGGGGCGCCAAGCAGUUCAUGGCGAUUAAGAAGGUGGCCGGUGUUGAUGUCAGCGCCUGGGAUUUCUGGGACAUCAUGGACCUGCUUGAUGACAAGAUCCUGGACAACUCCGCUGGCAACUUCCAGUCGAGCGGCAGCGGAAGUAUGGGAAACAAGCCGACCGAGCUGCCGGUGAGCAUUGAGUACGCUGAGUUCACCCAAACCGCCGUUGAUGCCGCUGCGGGCGUCGGUGCGGGCAGCAUGGACGAGACAGUCGACCGGAGUGACAAGCGGUUCAAGGACUUGCCCCGCGACGCAACCGUCAAGGAGUACAAGAUCCCAGUGGCACCUCCGAGCUACACCAGCCAGGUGGUGGAGACCUUGCGCGGCACCGUGGCAUCCAUGCCAGAGCCGGCGGGCCACAACGGCCCCCGCUAUGCUGGCAAGGCGUCCCUGAACGAGGCUUCCAUCCGGGCCAUGCUGCAGAGCUUCAAGAACGGCCAACUGCUGCCCAUGAAAGAUGCUUACCAGCUGGCAAUCGAUGCUUAUGACAUCCUGGUCAAAGAGAAGACCUUGGGCCGGGUGAACGUGCCGGUGGGCAAGAAGGUGACAGUCGUGGGCGACAUUCACGGCCAGCUCUAUGACUUCGACCAUAUGCUGAGCCUGGCAGGCUUUCCCUCCCCAGACAACCAGUUCCUCUUCAACGGCGACUUCGUGGACCGUGGCCCCUGGAGUGCGGAGGUGAUCUUCACCAUCUUGGCCUUCAAGGUGUGGCAGCCAAACGGGGUCUACAUGAACCGCGGCAACCACGAGGCGGAGAUGGCCAACCACUUCUACGGCUUCUUCGGAGAGAUCGAGGCAAAGUACGAGAAGCGCAUGACGGAUCUCUUCGCAGAGAUCUUCCGGGCCACGCCUUUGUGCCACGUCAUCAACAACGAGGUCUUUGUGGUGCACGGCGGCAUUCCGGGCCCCGACCCCCGAGUGUGGUGGAAGGGCAUGGACAACCAGAUCAGCUUCGACGGGCGCCAGAUCCAGAUCAGCCUGGCGGAGAUCGAGAACUCCAAUCGCUUUAUGGAGCCCAACCCGGAUGAGAACCCCUUGAUGGUUGAUCUUCUGUGGUCUGACCCCAAGGGCAAGGACGGCUAUGGUCCUUCCGGCCGCAUGUCUUCCGGCAUCUAUUUGUUUGGCCCCGACGUCUCCCGGAACUUCAUGCAGUUCAACGGCCUGCGGAUGACUCUGAGGUCCCACGAAGUGAAGGCUCAGGGCUACCGCUACGACCACGACGGCGAGUUCCCCUUGAUCACAGUCUUCUCCGCGCCCAAUUAUGUGGACAAGGCCGGCAACAUGGCCUCGGUGGCUGUGCUCACCAACGAUGGCUCCAAGAUGACCGGCCCGGAGUUCGUGCAGUACUCGGCCCAGCCGCACCCGGACGUCCCCUCUGGAGCCUAUGCAGUGGGUGGCCCCCUCCACCCGGAGGGCAGCGGAGUGCCGGCCCGGUAA